AUGAUGGCGAUAGUCGCUACAAAGCCAAUUUCAGCUGGAAUAUCAGCUAGUUCAGCAGCUUUUCAGCAAUAUAUGUCAGGAAUUAUAAAUGUGGCAUGCAAUAAUAGUAUAAAUCAUGAAGUUGUUAUUGUUGGUUAUAGCUACAACUCCUAUUGAAUCAUCAAAACCUCUUGGGGAACUGGCUGGGGCGAAAAUGGAUAUGCAAAAGUUUCAAUGGCAAGCGUGCAAGGAUCUUGCUGCAUUCACAUGUUUCCAACUUACCCAGUGGUUUAA